AUAGUGCCUAUUUAUUUAUAAUAGUAAUGAUUUACCGUCUGCAUUUCAAGGGAAAGAAAAGUGGCGCGAAUUGUUCGCCUAAUCUAGUACUGCAUACAUACUAUCAAGAAAUACGUUCUUAUGAAUGAGAGUGGUGUAAAUUGAUUGUUUCCAUAGCAACAAAUUGUUUUGACUCGUGUCUUAUUCAUUCGUUCGGAGUCGAUUGUUAUUUUACGAGUUCUAGUAAACCAACUAAACAACAACAAAGCUGGUUUGAAAACAUUCUAAAUUUUUGAUGUGGCGUCAAAGCCGCGGUUGAAAGGCUGUUGUGUAAUCAAAUUCCCUUUGGACGGCAAGGGACAUGGCCCACAAAUGGAAUCACAAUUUUCCAAAGAUUGCCCGCGAAGCUGGAUUUCUGAUAAAGGAGCUUUCAGUUGGCCACUGCAUUGAUUGGCGUUUUAUCGCGUCAAUCGAUCCCUACGCCAUUGUUGCCGAUAAGGAUUACGAGAAGUUGGAUGAGUUUAUUCCACACAUUGCGGAAGUACCCAUCGGAACGGUACUGAACAAUCGUAUCCUAGAUCCUGCCAUAGGGAAGUACUUCAUUUUGGCUCAGUUUAGCAUUCAAUAUUUACUGUUCUGCAAACAGUUUUUGGACGAAACGGUAGUGGAGAUACGCAACACAGCGCAGGACGUUCAGAAGGAAAACAACCGUCUGGAGAGAAUCUGCCGCAAGAAAAACGAAGAAAUCGUUUCGUUGCAUCGGAAGCUGCAGAGGGCCGAGAAUGCCCAUGCCCAACAAAUGGUCUAUCCUUGCUCGAAGUGUACGAAGAACUUCAUAAGUUUGGAGCUACUGAACGCCCACAUGGCUAGGAAGCACGUUGAGACUUCAUCCGGUACCGGUGCUUCUACCGGAGAGCACCAGUCAAGCGGACGGAAGCUGUCCGAAACGGAUUCCAAUCUGAUCAAUACGAUCAAACUCGAACUGGAGGUGAAACAGCUGAAGGAACGAUUGAAUGCCACGGAAAAGGACUUAAUCGAUCAGCGUAGUCGGGAGCAGCAUCGGUGUCAUGUGUGCGUUGACGAGCGGGUUAGAGAUAGGACGACGGAUAGGAAACCGAAAGCGGUCGAAUGUUGCAGUGUUGCGAUUCAAAGCAAUCUGGAGGAUGUCAAGGAUGUUAACGAGAAAGAGGUGCAGACGAGCGUACGCAGCAAAUCGGAGACCCCUCCAAGACUUUCCCCGAUUCCACGCUUCACGCCGUCACCGACUCGCCCAGCGCUUCCACCGGUCGUACAUUCUCCCCCACCUCGGCAGCCAUCGCCACUACCACCGCCACGUGCACCUCCAGCGGACUACAUUUCCAAAUCCGAACUCGAAUCGAUAGUCCGCGAGCAGAACGAACAGUUCCAGAGCUGGAAGACGGCUGAGCGUGCCAAGUUCAACAGUGAAAUCGAGCAGGUCCGACGGAGUCUGACCGAUGCCAUACAGGAGCUGGAGAAACGCGAUCGAAUGGUGGUAGCGAAUGUGUCUGCACACAACCGGAACGAAGAGGACGAGAGUAUCUGGAAGCAGCGAUACCGAGAACUGGAGCAGAUGUAUGAAAGCAGUCAGCGGCAAGUUAGGGAGACUGUGGAAACUAUCGAGUCAGCGUACGAGGAGAAGUUCAGACGGAUAGAACAAAUGGUGGAGCGACAAAGGGAAGUCAAACAAGAUAGUAAAGAAUCUAGUGGGAAAAUUGCGGAGAGUUCGUUGUUGCAAAUUCCUGUGCCAAAGUUUGACUUUAAGGCGUCUCUUCCACCGGUAUUGUCCGGGGCAAAAGAAGGUCAUAAAAUAAAUGGGAUUGAUGUACAUCAAGAAAACGAAACUGCUUCGGAUGAAACUGAUCAGUCCGAAAGUGAUGAAGAGAUUAGAGCUUUGGAGGCUGCAAAAGCAAAACUACUGUUGCGGCCUAGUGUGCCUAUUCCGCAAGAAGAACCUAAACAAUUGCACGUAGUCCACAAAGCAACAGAGAAACCGUUGAUUUCUCCCAAAAAGCUGAUUUUGAAUACCUUCAAGACCCGAUUGAAACAGUUGGGCAUUGAUACCAGGACAAAAGCAAUAUCCAAAGAAGAUCUCAAUGCCGCCUCCGUAGUUUUGGCAGAGCGAAGAGACAUUAGCAAAAAGAAAAAUCGUGGUUUCUUCAUAACUAGGAAUCAGUUGAUGACGAAAGUCGAUCAAUUAGCAAAAAGUCGAAUGAAUGAGGAAGCACCGAAACCGAGAGCUCGACGCAAAACAGACGAACAACCGAUUAUCAAGAAACGAGAAGCGCCGUCCCAACCCGUUCCGAAGUUACGGUCAACGUUUCAAGUGCCCGAGAGGCACCCUGUUAUAGAUAUCCUUCCUUCAAAGUUGAAACUAGCCAAUGAAGAUCGGCUUUCCGUUCCCAAACAAACCGACAUCGCAUCGAAUUUGUUCAAGACCAGAUCCGUUCCUGAAGUGAAACUUACAAGCGAUGACGUCAUCACAGUUCAAGCGGAAAUCAACCCACUGGCCGAGUCCUUAUCGCGAAGCCCCAUCCCCUCGAUCAGAACCUCCCCGCGACCUUCCUUGACCGACCACGAUCGCCAUUUGGAAAGGCUACUGGACACCCCGGUGAAACGUCUUUCCUCCGCACCAUCGCCACCGGAUGUGAUCACCGUCAGCCGACCGGCAAUCGAUGCGAACGAUUCCGAUCUGAGCGACAUCCUGGAAGCGGUACCACUUCAACCGAAACCCAUUCCCAAGAAACGUGUUCUGUUCAAUUUGGACCGAGACAGUGGGGCUGGGGGGAUGGGCGAAAAGGUGGAUUCGAUGAUGAACAUGUCCAAGCAGAUGGGCCCUACGCUGUCUUCAACCGUGAUUAACGUUUCGAAGGCGGACGAAGACUCCGAUUGGAACAUCAGUAGCUUCGACGAGGAAAAGUAAGAUAGAAUAGGUAGGUGAACAUAAAUAGCAAAUAAUACUGUUCGAAGAUCGAUGCUCUCCGAAAAUGAGCAAUAAAUUCAAUACAAUUAUUUGUAAAACAAUGUAAAAAUUACAACAAGUAAAUACCGUCAAUUUUCAACUAUUAUUAUUAUUUAUCU